AUGUAAGAAUGCACUCUCGGCAAUUAUACUCUAGGAAACACAAUAGGCGAAGGUACAUUUGGAAAAGUGAAAAUUGGUACUCAUUUGUAGACUGGUGAAAAAGUGGCUGUGAAAAUUUUAGAAAAAGCAAAAUUUUAGGAUGAUAGUGAUGUUUAUCGUAUAGCUAAGGAGAUUGAGAUCCUAAAAAAAUUAAGACAUCCGCAUAUAAUAUAAAUUUAUGAAAUUAUAGAUACAGAUAAAGAAAUCUAUCUAAUAAUGGAAUACGCAAGUGGAGGAGAAUUAUUUGAAUACAUAACCAAGAAUCAAAGAAUACAAGAGAAAAAAGCAUGCAAAUUUUUAUUAUAAAUCCUCUCAGGAGUAGAAUACAUACAUAGGAUUGGGAUUGUUCAUCGAGAUUUGAAACCUGAAAAUCUCUUAUUUGACUAAAACUAGAAUAUUAAAAUAGUGGAUUUUGGGUUAUCUAACACAUACAAGCCAAAUGAAUUAUUAAAGACAGCUUGCGGAAGUCCUUGUUAUGCUGCACCCGAAAUGAUACAAGGCCUCAAAUAUUCAGGUUAUUUGAUAGACAUUUGGAGUUGUGGCAUAGUUUUAUAUGCAAUGCUUUGUGGUUACUUACCAUUCGAGGAUUAAAACACUAAUUAGUUAUACAAGAAGAUUAUUGCUGGUGAAUUAACAUUCCCUAAAUGGUUAUCAUGUGAUGCUAAAGAUUUGCUCAAAAGCAUUUUGAACACCAAUCCCAAGUAAAGAUUUACGAUUCCUCAAAUCAAAGGUCACAAAUGGGCAAAGUAAGUGAGAAUAGACGAAUAAUACAAUCUGAUAGGAAAUGAUAAUAUUGUUGUUGAUGAAAUAGUAGUAGAGUAAUUAAAAACAUUGUAUGGAGUGGAUCCAACUGAAUGCAGGAAAAAAGUUAAAAAGAACCGACAUGACAAUAUAACAACUCUUUACUAUUUACAGAUUCAAAAAAAUAAAAGAAAUAGAACAUUCAAUUAUUUUAAAAAGGAAUCAGAUGAUCCCCUUGCGUUGUCUUAUGGAUUGAACACAUCCAUCCCUGAUUCCAAUACUACAUCAAAACAGAGGUAAAAUACAAGUAAUGGGUAAUCUCCUUAGCAUAGAAUUAUCACUUCGAUUAAUAAUACUCGACAACAAUCUCCUUCGCCUUAACCUUUAAAAUAAAAUACGAAACCUGAUUCCCCUAAAUAACAUAUGGUAUUAUUAAAAAGAGAGAUUGUUCGAAGACCUUAAACUAAACCAUUAAUUCCACCUUAAAUGAAAGUCAUUACUUAAGUUGUCAAUAAUUCAAUAUCCAGUGUUGGCACCAAUGGCAAUACUCCCAUUUCCACUAACAGAAAAUAAACUGAAGAAUCCUUCUCUUUAGAUAAAAAUAAAAUCAAAUUUUCAGGAAGAGAUCGUGCUAUCAUUGCUAUUUCUGACUAUACUAUUUCAGUGAAGCCGAAAAAUCCUGUGCUAAAAAUCCAUAAGGGGGCCUUUAAUUUGAAGUGUACUACCAAUAGAGAUCCAGAAAGGUUGGUUGAGGACCUGAAGAAAUUCAUGAAUUAAAUGCAGAUCAAGAUCUUAUAAUAAAAUGAUCCUUACGAUAUCAUAUGCUAAUUUAAUCUCAAUAUUAAAUUUGAACUUUCUAUUAGAUAGAUCUAGAAUUGUGAUAACUUAUACUUGUUGAAAGGUCAUCAUUUAAGUGGGGACUGGAAUACAUAUCAGGAAACUUUAAACAAACUUAUUUAAUUGUUACAUUUUUGA